AUGGACGCGUCGUCGGUUGUCGUCUUCGCUCUACCGUUUCCUGAUCGUUUCGGAUUUUCCGAGAAGGCGUUUUGGCUUCACGAUCUCUUCACACGCGCACACGUCAUAGCGAGGCGCGCGCCGCCCGGCGACGCCAUGAUCGCCGUCACGCUCACGUGUCCAAUAUGCAUGGACGUCGCGUUAGACACGAUGUGCGUCCCUUGCGGUCACACCGUCUGCCGAGCGUGCGUCGAGGCGCACCGCGCGAAGAAUCUGAAAUCGACGCGACGAAAAGCGACGCGGGCGCAGACGAGCGCGGGUGGCGGAUUCGACCACGCGAUGUACCUGCCGGCGCCCGAUCAGGUUUUGGCGUCGCGCGACGUCGACGUCGACGCGGACGCGACGCGCAGUAGCAGCGCGGUCGCUCCGACGGCGUCGUCCCCCGCGAGCGAUGGGGAUGUCGUCUCCGUCAGCUCCGACGGGGAUCUCGUCGUCGUUUCAUCCCUCGACGACGAGUACCUCGGCCGGCGCGUCGAGGUCUACUGGCCGAACGACGACCCGCCGACGUGGUACCCCGGCGUCGUCGCGCGCUUCGACCCGAAUAGGCAACACGCGCGGUAUCGCGUCGACUACGACGACGGCGCGGACGAGUGGGUCGACUUCCCGGAGCCGACCGUGCGGUUCGUGUCCUGGACCGACUGGGCUCGAGACAGGACCGCGGAGGAACUGGUCGAGUGGACGGAGAACGAACGCGACGUCGAGAUGAUACGGAAGACGGCGCGCGCGGUCGACGCGAUGGUCCGCGACGAGAUGUUGCUCGAAGCCGCGAAGCGCGGCCGCAACGCGCGCGUGAUCAAGGCGCUCGUGGACGCGGGCGCGGCGAUGCCGUAUUAUCGACGCAAAAGCGGCGGAAGCGGCAGAAAGAGAUUGCGGGGACACCUGUGGUGUACGCUUCGCAUGAAGGAAUACGACCGCAUCAGGAAGCGGAUAAGAAAAAUGGUCCAAGGGUAG